AUGUCAUUCAGUCAAAUGAGACCUCGAACAUCGCAGUUGGUGGAGCUCCAUGUUUUUUAUGUCCCAGAAGAAGUGUGGAACUUCAAGCUGAAUACAGUUCCUGUAGCUCUUACUAGCAAAUUCAUCUCAGCUGGAUUUAUAAGGGUGUCUCCUCACAUCACAUUAAGAGUGCUACGGGAACAGCUUGGUGACUACCUGGGUGGAGUUGCAGUUGCAGAUAAAUUCAAGUUUUUAAAAUGCAUUGGGAAAAAACUAGCAGUGGUGAAAGCAAAGCAAGAAACAGAACUGGAACUGAAGUCAUUUGCUCCUCCCUAUGCACUUUAUCCUGAAUUAUAUUUAUUACCUGGAGUGGAAUACUUUGAAGAUGUUUAUCCAUUAUCAUCAUCAACUCAACAAAGACAUCACUUUAAUGCAGAAGCUAGUAGGUUUGCUCAUGGAUUAAGAUUGUCCAGUCUUCCCCAACAAAAAUCUGAAAAAAGCAAACAAGUUUUAGAAAGCAUACAAAACAGUCAUCAGGUAGAAAAUCGGGAAGUGCACAGUCCUGUGGAAUGGGGUGAAAAAGAACCUGAUACAGUUUUGCACACAAAAUAUAAGCAAGACCAUAACAACAGGAUUCAAGAAAAACAGAUCCCGUUUAGAGGAAAAGAUCAAAGUGGAUCCAGUGGAUCUCUCUUCACACCAAGUAACUCAUAUCCUGCAGAUUGUGAGUCUGGAAAGCGUAAUACGGUAUUACAGACCUCUCAGCAAAAUCAUCUCAGCCAAGAUCAAAAAGAGUGUAACACUCCUAAAUGGAAUGACAAAGACAAAGGAAUUGCUCUAACUCUUCAUGUAAACCACAGUGAUGAACAAGACCAAGAACUAAUGAAUGUGGAAAAUGACCACCAAAAAGAUACCAAACUAAGAAGAGAAAGAACACUGCAUGCUGGAAUUCUUAAAAUAAUGGCAGACCAAACCACAGAGUAUGUAUGCAAAAACCAAAGCUUGCAGCAAUACAGAACUAGCAAGUCUAUAGCUGAUCCUGGUAAAAAACUGGAUGAUCAGGCAGAUGAAAACAAGCAAAAUCAUCUUACUUGUCCAAGAGAAUAUACUUUACCUCCUAGUCCACCUUUUCUGGCGCUUUCUGUAAAUCCAGCUCAAGUUCCUGCAAUUCAGGCAGCAAAAAACAAGAUGGUAGAACAGUUGCAGCAAAUGAAGAAAGACAGAAGGCACAUGGAAAAAACUAGAGAAGAACUGAUCAAAAAAGCUAAAGGGCUACUGGAACAAAAUAAGCUGAGGAGAUACCACGUUCGUGAGGAAUGGAAGAAGAAGUACUUUGAAACUAAGAAAGCUACGGUUUCACUGGAGGAUGCUUUAAACAAACUGCGACAAGAUUUAGAGCUCUGCCACCAGAAAUUACUCUUGCAAUUGGAAGCCAGAGACAGCCGAAAGCAACCAAACAAUAUGACAAACUCCAAGAAUUACACAAUCAUCCGGAUUACUACAGUGCAGCAUGAACUCGAUCAACUGAGGAGGAAGCUGGAUGAUACAAAAAUGAAACUCAUAAUAGAAAUUAAGAUGAGAAAGCAGGCAAUAUCUGAUUUACGAGCACUGAGAGCAGAACUGACGCAGAAGAAGAUUCAUUCAGCUUUAAUUCUCCAGAAAGUCAGGAAUUUAAGAGGAUGA